AUGUCGAAUCUUGCAGCUGCUUGUACCCCUUCCACCUUCACCUCCGGCAUCAAUGUAUUUGGCACUCAACUCCUGAACAUCGAGGCACAUCUCAUCACAAACUACUCUCGGUCGGUCCCCAAUCUCUACCGCCCGGUCCACCCGUCCGUUGAAGUCCAAAACGUCAGCUUCUGCAAUGUAACUCUGUCAUACACCCACACAGGGCAGCAUGACGAAGUAUUUCUCGAGACAUGGCUCCCAAUUGGGAACUGGAAUGGCAUGUUCCAGGGUAUUGGUGGCAGCGGUUGGGCGGCAGGUCGUGUUGAUGUGAGUUCGGGAGGGAUGGCCGGUGCUGUCGGCGAUGGCUUUGCAACAAGUUCGACAGAUGGAGGAACCAAGGGAUUAGAUGCCGCGGCGUGGGUUCUCAAAAGUCCCGGAAAUGUCGACUUGGUAGCCUUGCAAGAUUGGAGCGCGGUGUCACUGGGUGAACAGGCCACUAUCAGCAAGUCUCUCAUCAAAAGCUUCUACGGCAAAAAUCCUAAAUAUUCCUACUGGAUGGGCUGCUCGCAAGGCGGUCGACAGGGCAUCAUGCUGGCUCAGCGAUACCCAGACGCAUACGAUGGCAUUGCCGCCUGUGACCCGGCCAUGUACUUGACUAACAUCUUGCCUAAUAUAUUCUGGCCGUAUCAAGCAAUGGUCAAUGCCGGCUCGUUCCCGCACAUGUGCGAGUUCGACUCCAUCACUGCUGCGGCCAUUGCAGCCUGCGAUGAGCUUGACGGUGUAAAGGACGGCGUUGUGUCCAACCCGAUGAAGUGUCUAGACACGUUUGAUCCGUUCAAGGUUGUCGGCCAGACACUCAAUUGCUCCAACUCAAAGGACGGCAGUGGUAUCAAAGUCUCCCGUGAGGCAGCCCAAGUUGUAAAGGCAACAUGGAGAGGUUUGGCUAGGAAGGACGGGGAGGUACUCUGGCCAGGUGUGAGCCCGGCGGCGGAUUUGACCGGGAACAAGCCUUCAUCAUUGGGUCUGCCUGGCGUACUCCUUACUCAAUGCAAGGACGGGAAAUGCUCGGGGGCUCCGUAUGGCCUAGGCGGUGACUGGCUUCAGUACUUUGUGGCCAAGGAUCCCAACAAGGAUAUAAGUCAUCUUAGCCAAACUGAGUUUGAUGCCCUGGUGAACCUGGGCGAGCAAGAAUACGGUUCUUUUAUUGAUGCGUCCUACGCCGAUCUCUCAGCGUUCCGGGCCGCUGGCGGCAAGAUGAUUGUUAUGCAAGGUCUUGACGAUGAACUAGUACCCUUUCGUAGCACCGAACACUACUACAACUCCGUCUCCAAGGUUGUUCCUCAUACCCACGAUUUCUAUCGCCUCUUCGAGGUCCCCGGUUUGAGCCACUGCGUCGGCGGUCAGAGCCAGCAGCCCGUGCGACUGUUUGCCCAACUGCGCGAAUGGGUUGAGAAAGGAACCGCACCAGCCUGGUCGCCGGUGAAGUUGAAUGUCACCGGUGGACAUGUUCACGAUCGUAUCAUAUGCCCUUAUCCGCAGACAGCGCGACUUAGUGCGUGUCGGGACCCUGCGCUGUAG